AUUGCCACAAGCACAUGUAGUUCCAAGUAAUCCCUUACAGAUUAGAAGAAUUAAACUCAUUGAAGUCAAUAUGUGUAUGAAGAUCAUUUUGAAAAGUGCAGCAUUGACGUUUUGAAGGUCACUUUGAGCCUGUUGCUCAACCUGAAAGUGACCUUGUUGCAACCAAACUGAAUGAGUAGAAAGUUGGUUGUCAAAGCAUGGACCUACUACAAGUAGGUACAUGGUCAAAGACACUGUCUACAUGUGUGUGUAUUAUGGGAUCAUUAUUAGUUGGGGGCAUGCAUGUUAAACACAUGUAUCAGUGGCUGAAGGACACUGUAGAUAAUGAAAAACGUUUAUUUUUAUGGACCUGUUUUACAAAAAUUGUGAUAACAAAUUUGCAAUAUUAAAUGGAACAAGCUACUGAAAUCCUGUCUGAUUGGCUGACAGCAGAUUGUUAUAAAGAUCAUGCAUUUGUACGUAUGAAAGGAACCCAGGGCUUCGGACAAGAAAAAAUGUGCCCAACAUUUCUGCCAACUACAUGUAUGACUUUCAAGCUCUGUCUUAUCUGUGACUAAAUGAUAUAACCAGUUAAGCAACAAGGUCAUCGACUUCUGACUUGGCGAAAUCAUGGGCGAAAUGAAGCCCCUGCAAGAAUUUCAUAAAGAUCCUCAUACCCCGUCCUGAUUGUUAUCACUGCUUGGAUCAUCAUUUUUUUUAUCAAGUUUCAAUCUCUGAGACUUCGGGCGUCUUCACCCUGCUUUUAUUUUCUGCUUCUGGUUCGACGUAGGCAUCAUUACUUCAGUUGCUUGCAAGAUACGAUCACAGCCAUUCAUUUAGAAAGCUCCAACUGAAUCUAUUGAAUCAAUUUUUAAUUCACAACUUCUUACUUAUUUGAAAGUGACAAAAUAGGCAGUGCAAGAUGGUUCAAAUAUUUAGCAGUUCAGAGAAUGAAUCAUGUGAUGUUCAUUACAAUAAUAAUAAGCUGGUGGUUGGUAGAAUGGAUAUGCAGAGAAUAGAAGAAGUUUACAAAUCUUGGGAGAAGAAGAUGCCGUCCAACUUGCCUCCUCCUCCUCCUGCUAGGAAACCAAGAGAAAGAGACAACAGUGAAUGUCAGCCACAGAGGAGGAAACGAAGGGGACGGUCCGCUACCUUGCCCGCAUUGGACCUGGUGCCAGAGCUUGCUAACUUCAAGAUGUCUCCUCCGUCGUCGCAGACAGUGAAUGGUUCAUCUGAGAUGAAGCGUCCCUUCAUUGGUCGAUGCUGUAAUCAGUGUGCACAACUCAGCAGGGAGAUGUUCUACUCAGAUGACUUGCCUAGUAUGGGUCUAAAGAACAUCUUGAAAAUGACAGCUCCUCCAAGAGCUGGUUUGCUGUUCAGAUACUUUCCACAUGUAGACCAUGCUUUGUUCAGAGCAGUCAACCAUUCAUAUCCCUCUGUACCUGAUGUUUCUCAAAGAGUGUUGGAGAAUCAAAGAGUUCAGCUUGCUGUUCAUAAAAGUGCAAUGUCAGAUAGUGAAGGUCGUUUAGACACAGAGAGUGAGUACCAGAAGGCUGCUGAUAAACACAGAAGGAGAGCAAUGAAUGUUCUCAGACACAUGGCAGCAACGAUAUCAAAUUCACUCAUCAGGCUGACAGGGUGGUUGCUACUCAAGAUCUUAGGUCUAUUCUUGAUCGGUGUCCAGGUUCAUGAGGGUCAAUUAAACAUGGUCAGACAAGCAGCAGAGAGCGGUGUUCCUGUCAUCAUUGUCCCUCUCCAUAGAAGUCAUCUAGACUAUGUCCUUCUAUCUUUCAUCUUUCAUCUCACCGGUAUCAGACUUCCAUUUGUAGCUGCCGGUGACAAUCUAAACAUACCAUUCUUUGGAUGGUGUCUUAGAAGAUUAGGAGCAUUUUUCAUCAAGAGAAAGCUAGACAAAGAGAUAGGCAAGAAAGAUUGGGUGUACAGAUCAACACUACAUACUUACAUGGAAGAAAUACUUCGGGAUAACCAAAACAUGGAGUUCUUCAUCGAGGGAGGAAGAUCAAGAAGUGGCAAAGCACUGGCACCAAAGGGUGGACUCCUUUCCUGUGUUGUAGAUGCCUACAGGGAUGAUAUCAUCUCUGAUGCCUACAUUAUUCCAGCCUCAAUCAGCUAUGAGAAAAUACUUGAUGGUAGCUUCAGCAAUGAACAGAUGGGGAUGCCAAAGAAGAAAGAGACAUUUUUCAAUGCUAUUGCUGGAAUUUGGAGGGUUUUAUCAAGUGGCUUUGGUAAUGUCAGAGUGGAUUUCGCUCAGCCUUUCUCUUUAAAGGAAUAUCUGGGAUCCCCACCCCUUCCUACCGCUCUCAACAGCGACCUUCCAGCAAUCGCACCUCGCAAACCUCGGCUGCAGAAGGCUGUUAGUGACCAUUCUCUCUACGGCACUGAUGUAGUGAUUGAGGAUCAAAGACAGCUUAUCAGAGGUCUGGGAGAGCACAUUGUAUAUGAUUCUGUGAAAGUCAAUACAGCAAUGAGCACCAACUUAGUGGCCUUCCUUCUACUUACCAAAUUCAGACAGGGUGUGGAAAUGUCACAACUGGUCAUGGCGGUCGACAACCUGAGGCGCGAUGUCCUGCUGCGAGGUCGGGACGUUGGCUUUACUGGAGUGACCGCUGACGUGGUCAAGCACACCUUCAACCUUCUCGGCCCGGACCUCGUCGCGAGGCAUCGGACCCGGAGUCAUCCAGACAUCGUCCCGGCAACAGACGGGAAUCGGAAGACCGAGGAGAUCAGGGAGAUGGUGGUUCCUAACACAGGGUUACCUCAUGUCUUUGAGCUGUCUUACUAUGCAUCUAGUUUAGUGUCUGUCUUUCUUAUGGAGUCCAUCGUUGCGUCGUCUCUGAUCGCCCUGUGCAAUGAAGACAUGUUUGUGAUUGAUAGCUCCAAAGAGAAUAAGAUCGUCCUCCCUCGUUCCAGAUUAUUGAAGAAGGCGGAGGAACUCUGUGACAUGCUUCAGUUUGAAUUCACCUUUGUACCGCCUUGUGGAAAUAUUGCACAUGCAAUCUCAGAAGCAAUUGAUAAACUUGUUCUCCAUGAAGUAGUCAAAUUACAGCAAGGUCCAGACCCCCAGAAAUGGGCCAGACACAUUGGUAUAUCAGCUUCAUGGGACAGUGAAGGCAGCGAUGAAGAAAAUAUGCCAUUUGUUGACCAAAAGAUUGAGAUGAACACCAACCAAGAAUCCCUGUUGAGACUCUACUUCCUUCAGAGUAUCCUAGCUCCACUCAUUGAAGGAUAUUGGUUAUCGGCCUGUAACCUCAUCCGUCUGCUAGAGAUUGAUGUCCCUGAGGUAGACUUCUCCAAGGUUGUCAAUGAAUACUCCAAAGACCGGGUUGCCAAAGGUCUUGCCAUUUAUGCUGAGUGCUGUGCCAUGGACACCCUGCGGAACUCUUGGCGUCUGUUCAACCACUGGAAGGUGAUUGACUGUUACCUGGACUCUGACAAGAAGAGGAUGGUCCAUCUCAAUGAACCAUACAAGAGUGAAGAGAAACUUGGAGUGUUCAUUGACAGGAUAGAAGCCUUCAGGAGCUAGACAGUGUUGUGCUAUAGAUCUUGGACCUUGGGAAGCGAGUCUUUAGGAGGAUGUUCCUUUUGAGGAUCAAGGUCUCUGGAGCCAACUUCUUAAAGAUUCAUCAAAAGAUCUUUAGGAGUUUGGAUUGAAUACCUUGAGAUUCUUCAGCAUUGCACAGUUUAACCAACUUGAAUUUUGUGUGUGGUUGGAAGGAACAUGCCUUUAAGAGUUGGUUGACUCCAUCUUGAAAAUCUGGAAGUAUGAACCCUCAUACCCUGAACCUUAGUUUUUGGAAGUGAAUCAAUGUCCUCUAGACUCUGAAGAUUUUUAUCAGGUUUACUUAAAGUCAUUGGGAUUCUUCAAGGUCAAAGGAUCUAAGCAAGAGUUUGUUGAACCCUUUAUCUGCUGUCUCUCUCCAGAACAUGUGAAGCAUGACCCCUCAUACCUAAACUAACCAAUGUGUGUUUAUUUGGUAGAGAGACCCAAGGUAGUUCCUUACUCGUGGUUGGAAAUAAACAGUCAUAUGCAAUGAUGCAUGCAAGUUCAUGAAAUCUAUUUGAAGUCGAUGGAUUGUUAGUGUGUAGGUUUCUGAGUGUUUGCAUAGGUGUGAGUGUUGGAAUGGUUGUGGGUGUGUUGAUAUGAAGCGGGUUGGGAAAUAAUUGGACCAUUUCAGAAGCUCAAAAUAGUCUUCAGCCUUUAGCAGAGUAGGCUCAUUCUGGUAUGUACCAAGCCUAACUUAACUAGCCUUACAAGCUUAACAAAAAAAUAUGGAUGUGUCUUUGUUUAUCAUUUUAGGAGAACUCCUUGAUGCAAUUUAUUAAUCACACUUUGUCUUGUAAAAUAGUAUAUUUGACAGAGUCUUUGUCUAAAGGCAUCAUAAACUUGCUGUAAUGUGAACCAUCCAAUCCCCUGAUAUAGUUGCACGCUUCUUGGCAAUGCUGAAUUUAUGAUCAUUUAAUCAUAUGUGAUGAAAGUGUAGAAUAUCAAUUUAAUGAUGAACGCAUGGCUGUAUUCUUUGUUGUGUGAGCAUUUUAAAAAAUCUGUGGAUAUUCUGGUAUGGCACAUUUUAUAUAUUUUACUUCAGUGAGUUAAAAGAGACAGAGAGAUUGAGCAUGAGUGAGAGAGAGAAUAAUAUUAUUUAAAUGAAAUUUAUAUUUUAAAAGGAGUGAAGUUGUAGAGUGUUGGGAAAAAAUAUUAAAGAUUGUUUGCAAGGAUUACAUUAUUCACACAAUUUCAUAUUUUAACAGAAUGCUAGUAUUAAUACUAGAGUUUGAAAUGUGUUGAAAAUCUGUGUAAAAUAUUCUUAAUAUUUCUAUUGUAAUAUGACACAUCAUUCACUUAAAAGGCAAAAUUUGAAAAAAGUUCACAAAAGUAUAUGUGAAACUAUAGAUUUACUGGAUUAAUGUAGAAAAUUAGGAACAUGUUUCAUGCAUUUACCAUUGCCUACCAUUCAUGAUUUGAUUUGCUCCUUGCUUUUGUCCUGAAAGAAGUAGGUUUGUGAAAUUAUGUUUAUUUCUGUAUUGUGUCCAUUAUUUGAUAUCCAGAUACUUGAAUGAUGUUGUAUCCAAUUUUCAGUUGUCCGGUCAGUUUUUCAGGUUGAGUUUAAGUCGUGUAUGUGUUUAACGACAGUUUUGUAAUCGAUAGUGCAUUCAGCAAUCCGAUGACACUAAGAUUUACUUUUUAUUUCGGAAUUUGAUAAGUAAAACCAAUAUACAAAAGGGAAAAUGGAAAAAAGUUCAUUAAGUUUGAAGUGUGAAUAACUUUGAUUAAAAUGGAUGUGCUUGCGUUUUACUUUUAUGUUAUUAAAGUAAUUAAAUUGAAACAUUUUUUUUGCUCAAAAUGUGUAAUACACAGUUUUUUAAUUCACUUGUAUUUGAGAUAACACAUUUCAUUUGCGAUACUGUGUAUUACACUUGAGUUUUCAACUUUUUCUCCCUUUAUAACCUAAUUGCAUGUUUGUUAAAAGCACUGAAAAUUUGUAAAAAUAGAGAUGUAAAGUUGUUUGUUUACAAUACACCAAAUUUGUUAAGUUUUUCCUCUAAGAAUUUUACAGGGCUUUUUUAAAUAUUUUGUUAAGGUAUUAGAAAAUAGCAUUUAAUAAGUGCUUGUUAGCAAUACUAUUUCUGAUAAGUGAUAAAACAUUGAUUUUCAGCCACAUGUGUGCUGGAGAAAAUGAACUUAUUUUCCUUCUCCUAAUUCAUUUACCUCAUGAAUACUAAUGCUAUUAGUUUAUAUUUAGCAUGGAGUGGUGUGCACUACAGGAAUAUGUAGAAGCAACCUUGCUUUUACUGCAGAAAUCAGUAGUAUUAGGAGCCAAGAUAUUUGAGGGGGUUAGACAUGACGGAUGGGGCAAACAUUUCUAAUAACCUGCAAGGGAGCGAAGCGUGUGAUCAAAAAGUGUUUCUUUUUUAUACAAAUAUUGUGUAGCCAUAUACAUAUGGACUUACACACCACCGUUGGGAAGUGGUCUUCAUUGCAUACCUGUUCAUCAUAGCAUAGCCUUUAAAAUGCUACUUCUAGUACUCAAGGCCGUUAACCAGCAGUAUACAGUAGUGACAUGACUUAUUCAUCCAAAAAUCAUGAUCCAUUCAUUAUUAUUUGUUUGGCUGGUUCAUCAUCGCAGUAAGAAACAUGCUGAUGAUCAUUUCUUUCACGAUUGUAAAGCUAGGGAACAGGCCACCCACCUCUUUAACCCUAAUAAGACUGGCCCCCACCCCUCAACAUUUUUUGCAAGAAAUCUGCCGACCGCUUUUUGACCGUUUCGCUCACUGACUUUUUACUUUCAAGUCUCGCAUAACUUUUGAGACCAAAAUUGCGACACCCGGGUACGCGGUUUCAAAAUUACACAUUUCGUAAGUGCAUGCUGACCCAAAAUUGCUCAAAAACGUGAAUUUGUAUACAGAUCCAAAGCAGAUAGUGUUUUUAACCAAAAUUCAUAAAUGCAUCAUUAUUUUUCCUUUUAGUGAU